UUGACCGGCCGAGUUAUCUCUCACUCAGAACUGUCUGGAAAACCAAAUACUAGUCAAAUUUUAAUUCCAAAAAUUGGGGCAUCACCCUGACUACUCGUGCGCGCAAACUACUCGAGAAUAUAUCUGGUUGGCCACUCUACUUAGAUCAUGUUGGUAAAAAGACAAACGCGCAAUUCCCUAUUCCGCAACUGAUGUCAUUUUCUCUCGUCUUUUAUUAUCACGAUUGGAUUAUCCAUCAUCCAUGGGAGGGCAAAUGCAUCCAUCUCGGAAGCCCUCUCCACUCCGGUCUCAUCACGAACAAGAUCCCACUCGGCUCAAAAGACAGAUAAACGUGACAUCCCUUCAACUCUUUCACAGAAGGACACCAGACAUGAAGGUGAUUGCUCUGUCUCUGUCUUAGAGCGAGAACUACGUAGACUUGACAUUCAGCGAGAACAGGAGACAACGCCCGAGCCUCCCAUCGAUCGCAUGUCACCCACCUCACCGAUCUCAUCUGAAUUAGCCAAUGGCCUUUAUCCUCCAGUGAUAGAUGAACAGAUUAUCAACACCGCUUUGAUAAUAUUUUUGAAUGCCAUCUCAAUUGAGUGCGAUGGUGUGGAAGCUGAAUGGUCUUUGCACCGGAAAUCAUUCAAAUUUGGCCAACACUUCGAGGCCGAAACAGAUGGCCAUCUUUCCAUUUUUGAUAGAAAGGGAUCACUGUCAAGGGCGAUAGUGGAGGUGAAACGCAACCUCAGGGAAAACCAACCCCAAAUUAUAUAUCAAGAGACUGCAGAGAUGGCGGCAUGGAUUUUUGAGGAGCCAGACAAAGAAAACAAAUACAUCUAUCGUCGCGUCCUAGUGUCUCAGAACCAUAUGGAAAUUUACCUUACAAUCGCAGAGUAUGACAAUGGCUAUGUGAAAUAUCUUCGCGGGGAGAAUGAUGAGAAGGAUGAGAUAUCCCUGAUGAAGAUGAAUCAGUUCGGGCCAUGGCUAUUGAAGUGUCAAGACCAUUUCUUGCUAGUCUCUAAAUAA